CGGCGCAGCGGGUCUUAGCGUGCGCGUACAGCGAGCACGAGCACCGCGACCGAGAGCCGCGGCGCUGCGCGGCCCAUGUCGUCCUCCAAGCACACGGCCUCGUUCGGGCUCGUGCUCGGCGGCAAGCUGAGCCUCAAGGGCGGCGGCGGCGAGGGCGGGCUCGACGGGAUCCGGAAGAAGAAGAAGAAGAAGAAGAAGCGCGAUCACCCCGCGGACGGCGCGGCCGGCGGCAGCGACUCGGAGCUGGAGGUGCCCGAGUGGUCCGACACGCCGCUGCCCGGGACGGGCGAGCUGACCAGCUCGGGCGUGGUCGUCAUGGGCCACGGCACCGCCUUUGACCGCGAGCUGUCUGUCGGCGACUCGCUGCUCGUCACCGUCACGGACCGCUAUCGCAACACGACGGUGGACGAGUCGCGCGUGGUUAACAUGGUGCUGGGCAAGGGCUCGCUCAACCUCACACAGCCCUUUAGCUGCGACGUCUCGGCGCCGAUCAGCUUCAUGUUUGUGCGGAAAGCGCCUGAUAUGGAGGCGCUCCGCGCCGAGCGCGACGCGAAGAAGGCGCGCGCCGCCAGGGCCGACCAGGCGUCGAAGGAGGUGACGUACAAGGUGUACAAGAACAGCACGGGGACGUGGAACUCGUGGAAGACGGUGACGGAGCGGGUGGCGGAGGGAGUGACGAGGGAGGAUAUGCUCGACAAGCGGUGCAAGAUGAAGUCCGACCAUCACUGCAAGUGAUGAUGGUGGCAUUGUGACGGUCGUCGCGUGGGGCGGUGGGGGCGGCCCGCGUUGCGCUCUUGGUCUUGCGCUCUCCACCCCAUCCGCUCGUGAUAUUGUUUUGGCUUGCUCCAACUGAAAAAGGAACAUUUCGC